AUGUUGUCGAAAUUCGCUACUACGGCCCUCGCGGCCAGCAUCUUUGCAUCCGUGGCCCAUGCCUGGCUUCCCGGCCACAAGAUCCGCGGUGUCAACGUCGGCUCCCUGUUUGUCUUCGAGCCGUGGAUCGACAGCUCCGAGUGGAGCAGGAUUGGCUGCUCGGGGCAGAAGUCGGAGUUUGACUGCGUCAUGAACAUAGGCCAGGAAGCCGCCGACAAGGGCUUCCAGAGCCACUGGGACGAGUGGCUCACUACCACCGACCUGGAUGAGAUGAAGAGCUAUGGUCUCAACACUGUCCGGAUCCCAUUGGGGUACUGGCUCAAGGAAGACCUCGUUGACAAAUCGGAGCAUUUUCCCAGGGGAGGUAUUGAUAAGUUGACCUCGUUUGUGGGUGCGGCAAGCGACCGAGGCUUCUACAUCAUUCUCGACUUCCAUGGAGCACCCGGUGCCCAGGAGCCCAACCAGCCGUUCACCGGCCAGUACAACCCCAACGCCGACUUCUACAACGAUUACAACUACGGCCGCGCAUUGGAGUGGCUCAAGUGGAUCACGGAGAUCAAGCACACCAAGAACGAGUACCGCAACGUGGGCAUGAUCGAGGUUCUCAACGAGCCCACCAACUGGGACCACAAGGUCGACUCGCUUCGAAGCAGCUACUACGUCAAUGCCUACAAUGCCAUCCGCGAUGUCGAGAAGUCUCUCGGUGUGACCCCCAACAACUUCGUCCACAUCCAGAUGAUGAGCAGCCUCUGGGGCUCGGGCAACCCGACCGAGUUCCUCUCCGACACCACCUUCACGGCCUUCGACGACCACCGCUACCUGAAGUGGGAUACCUCCGUCGCCGUCAACAAGCAGUCGUACAUCUCCACGUCCUGCGCGGACGACCGCAAGGCCGAGAGCCCUCUGUUCAUCGGCGAGUGGAGUCUGAGCGUCCCCGACAACGUCGAGAACACGGAUGAGUGGAAGCCGGCCCACGACCCUGACUUCUACCGCAAGUGGUUCGCCGCCCAGAUCCAGACCUACGAGCGCUCGACCGAGGGAUGGAUCUUCUGGACUUGGAAGGCUAAUCUCAACGACCCCCGAUGGUCCUACAAGGAUGCUGUUGAGGCAGGAAUUAUCGGCAAAGACCUCGAGAGUGUUCUCAAGUCUCAAGUUUGCUAA